ACAUAGAUAUUGAUCGUUUAUAGGAGCACAAUCGAGAAACAUUACGUUACGCGUUACCAUGGAAACCAUGCAAUCUACAGUAUAUUAUGAACCGCAACGGUCUUUCGUAAAAUGGCAAGGAGCGGCAGUGUUGAUAUUGGAAGUGUUUUUGACGAGUACCUGCAAAAAGAACAGCAAUUCGAACAAGAGAUAGAAGAGCGCAACAAAUUACGUCACGAGAUUCGCAACAGGAAUAUUUCCAAAGUUUCUGAUUCAUCGCCAACGAAUUUAUCUUUAAAUUUGGAAAAAUCUCGUGUUCGUAAUCAGACUCUCCUAAAGGAUUUGGAGAUGUCUAGAGCACGUCUGAGAACUUACGCUUCUUAUACGCCUACCGAUGCGGAAUUACAGCAGAUUUCGUCGACCUAUCGAAGUCAUCUUCGCAGAAAUAUCCAAGAUACGGAAUCAUGACAAACUCAUUUUACUCGUCAGUGAUACUUUCAACCCGAUAACUCGAGCCGAACGAACAAACUUUGAAAUGAAAAGUUUGUUGAUCGUUAGGAUCGAUGAAUCGGGUUGAUUACUUUUAUUUUAUGACGUGGCUUCUUCGAGUGUCGAGCGACGUGAGAACUGAUCCGUAAAAUGUGCGAAACGUGAACACGAUAUAUUUUUGCGCACUUUCCUGCCGCGUGGUUGCCACAAUCGGGUUCGAGCUAUUGCACAAACAACGGCUGCCAUUUUUGUAAAGUAAAAUAAAGCAGAUUGUCGAACAGGC